AUGAAAGUGCUUUGCGUGGCGGAGAAGAACUCCAUUGCCAAAGAAGUGGCCAACAUUCUCUCUGGCGGCAGCCUGCGCACGCGUGAUUCAACAUACAAGUUUGUCAAGAACUACGAUUUUGUGUACACUUUCCCAGCACUUGGCCGCUGCAAUGUCACCAUGACCGCAGUCUCGGGCCAUAUUCUUGGUACAGACUUUGGGCCCGAGUAUGCUUGGGGCAAGUGCCCGCCGGGACGCUUGUUUGACGCCCCAUUUAUCACAAAAGUCUCUCAGGACAAAGACAAGCGCAGUCAGAGAAUCCACGAUAACAUCAUCAAAGAAGCGCGUUCCGCAGAUCGCUUGAUGAUCUGGACUGAUUGUGAUCGUGAAGGUGAGUAUAUCGGCUGGGAGAUCAUGCAUGUGGCUCAACAACGCAAUCCCAGUAUCACUUUGGCGAACACAUGGCGAGCCCAGUUCUCACAUUUGGAGCCAUCGCAUGUUGUUCACGCCGCUUGCAAUCCACUUCAGCUUGACAUGAAGCUCGUCGAAGCUGUUGACUGCCGUAAGGAGUUCGAUUUACGUGUGGGUACUUCUUUUACGCGUUUUCUUACCAAUUUGUACAAAAGCAAAAGCUUGGUAGGCGAUAAAGACGUCGUUUCGUAUGGUACAUGCCAGUUCCCCACACUUAGUUUUGUCGUUGACCGAUACUUGCGCGUGCGCAAGUUCAGGCCAGAGCCUUUUUGGUUCAUUGAUCUAGUUGUGGAUCAAAAGAAUCAGAAAGUCAGCUUCAGUUGGUCUCGUGGUCACCUUUUCGAUAAGGCGUUCGUGUAUUUACUUUACGCCCAAAUAAUGCGUUCAAACUCGCCACCCAUUGUGAGCCUGGUUGGAACAAAGCCGACGUCUCACUACCGACCUUUUCCCCUUACUACUGUUGAACUUCAAAAGUGUUGCUCUAGAUAUUUCCGUAUGUCUGCGAAACAGGCUCUAGACGCCGCUGAGCUGCUUUAUACGGCUGGAUUCAUUUCCUAUCCAAGAACAGAGACAGACAGUUUCCCUGAAAAUAUGGACCUCAAAUCAUACAUUACCAAGCAGGCUCAAGAUGCACGGUGGGGUCUGUACGCAAAUAUGCUUACUUCGGAAAACCGCUAUCGUCAUCCUCGUGGGGGUAAACAUGACGAUAAGGCGCAUCCACCUAUUUACCCUGUCAAAUACGCUAACAUUGACCUGUUACGCGGCGAUCAAAAAAAAGUCUAUGAGUUUGUGGUCAGACGAUUUCUUGCGUGCUGUUCCGAUGACGCGAGAGGUUUCCAGACUAAAGUGGAAGUUCAGUGGACCUCCGAAAAAUUUUCGGCUAGUGGAGUGCAAGUGACUGAACGCAAUUUUCUAGAUGUGUACCCGUAUACCGACUGGAAGUCAUCGGUGCAGCUUCCUGAGUUUCGCAAUGGAGAGACGUUGAAAGCACAUAGCUGUAAGUUGAAAGAGGGAAAGACUACAGCGCCAAAUUACAUGACUGAGACAGAACUUAUUGCACUUAUGGACGCGAAUGGCAUUGGCACAGAUGCUACUAUCGCGGAGCAUAUUGAUAAAAUCAUCACUCGUAAUUAUAUUAGCAGACGAAAACAAGGGAAAAAUGAAAUUUUCAUUCCUACAUCACUAGGAAUUUCUUUGAUCCAAGCCUUUGAUGCCAUUCUAAUUGACCGCAUCUCCCUUUCCAAACCAUUUUUACGACGCGCCCUCGAAGGUUUUCUACAAAGAAUUGCACGAGGAGAAACAACUAAAAACUUGGUUAUCCAACAACUCCUCCCGUUGUACAAAGAAGCUUUUCUUGAAAGUAAUCAAAAAAGUCGCGUUAUACUUGAUACCUUCACAGAGACAAAUCGCCAGUUGGAUAGCGGUGCUCUAUGA